AUGGAAGAUAAUAAAAUAACACAAACUGGUGAACAUCAAAAGUCUAAUGAUGAUAAGAACCCUAAGAAAAAGAAUAAAAACAAAAAGAAACGCAAUGGUGGAGAUGGUGACAACCGCGGGUCGGUCUCCACUGAUGGAAUUUCUGUUCCUAAUUCCGGUGAUGUUCAUCAGAACAUAUCUUUUAAAGAUUUGAAAAUGGCAAUGGAAGUUCUCAAUUUGCAACAAAAACCAGCAAAAACUGCAGAAGAAGCCUUGCAUAAGUCUUAUCAGUUUUGGUCAACUCAACCAGUUCCUAAGUGGGAUGAAAAAAUUCUUACAAAUGAAUCCAUUGAACCACCCAAAUCUCGUGAUGAAAUACGAUCAGAGCCUUAUACAUUGCCAGAUGGAUUCCAAUGGGAUACUUUGAACUUAAAUGAACCUUUGGUACUAAAAGAGCUGUAUACUUUAUUAAAUGAAAAUUAUGUAGAAGAUGAUGACUGCAUGUUUCGUUUUGACUAUCAAACCGACUUUUUAAAAUGGGCCCUUCAGCCACCUGGAUGGAGAAUGGAGUGGCACUGUGGAGUGCGUGUAGUGAAAUCUGGUAGAUUGGUUGGUUUUAUAUCUGCUAUACCAGCUACAUUAAGAAUUUAUGACCAUGUUCAAACUGUAGUGGAAAUAAACUUUUUGUGUGUUCAUAAAAAGCUUCGUUCUAAACGUGUUGCCCCAGUACUCAUAAGGGAGAUAACUCGAAGGGUGAAUUUGACAGGUAUUUUUCAAGGUGUAUAUACAGCUGGAAUUGUAUUACCAAAACCUAUUGGUACAUGUCGAUAUUGGCAUAGAUCAUUAAAUCCAAAAAAAUUGAUUGACAUUAAAUUUAGCCAUUUGUCACGUAAUAUGACUAUGCAAAGAACCCUUAAACUUUUUAAGCUACCAGACUUACCAAAGACUCCAGGCUUUCGUAAAAUGGAACCAAAAGAUUCUGAAAAAGUUGUUAAGCUUCUAAAUGAUUAUUUACAAAAAUUUGAUUUGGUUCCAAUAUUCUCAGAAGAAGAUUUUAAACACUGGUUUAUUCCACAAGUUGGUAUAAUUGAUAGUUAUAUUGUAGAAGCUUCUGAUGGUUCAGUAACCGAUUUUGUGAGUUACUACACACUGCCAUCCACUAUUGUGUAUCAUCCUAUACAUAAAACAUUAAAAGCUGCUUAUUCUUUCUACAAUGUGUCAACUAAGACACCAUGGGUUGAUUUAAUGCUUGAUGCUCUAAUUACAGCAAAAAACUCUGGAUUUGAUGUGUUCAAUGCUUUAGACUUAAUGGAUAAUAAGGAAUUUCUGGAACCUCUUAAGUUUGGUAUUGGUGAUGGAAACUUACAGUACUAUUUAUAUAAUUGGCGGUGUCCUAGUAUAACUCCAAAUAAAAUUGGUUUAGUUCUUCAG